AUGGAGCCAGAUUUUAGUGAUGGAACAGUCCCUCUGGACGACACUUUUGCUGAGGUCGUUGAGUUUCAUGGUCGAAUGUACCAAAAGUAUGCCUUAACCAACGAGACAUAUUUCUCACCGGUAGAUGAGAGAGAGACAACGCGGCUCGAGCAAAUGCAUCGUAUCUUUAACCAAGUUUUCGACAACCGGCUAAUAUUCCCCCCCGUUGCCUCUCCGCGCAAUGUUCUUGACCUCGGCUGCGGGGGCGGUGAUUGGGCAUCAGCCGUAGCUGAAGAAUUUCCGAGAGCAUCGGUCCUGGGAAUCGAUGCCAGCCCACACAUGUUACCGGAAGAUCCCCCAGACAACCUCGAUUUGCAAGUAGACGAUUUGAAUGGAAGGUUCACAUUCCAAUCGGAUCGAUACGAUGUUGUCCAUAGUCAAAUGGUUGCAGGAGGGAUCAAUGCAAACCGCUGGGAAAGCUAUAUUCGGGACAUAUUUCGUGUCCUCAAACCGGACGGGUGGUGUCAGAUGGUCGAGAUAUAUUUCAACGCUCAAUCCGACAAUGGGAGAUUGACUCGGGACCAUGCACUCUCGAAAUGGUCAAGGAGUUACUUGCAAGGAGUACAACCAUACAAGAAUCCCCGGGCUCCAUUGCAAAUCGCCAACUGGAUGCGCAAUGCCGGCUUCACGGAGGUUGAGUCGAAACUGCUGGUACUCCCCAUGUGCGGCUGGUCGAGCAGCCCUCGCGACCGGGCAAUUGGACAAGCAAUGGCGGGCACCAUCCGGAAUCUGCUGCAAACGAUCGGUUUAUAUCCAAUGGUGCAUUUAAAAGGAAUGCCCAUCGAAGAAUUUGAAAUUUUGGUUGAAGAUGCAAGCGCGGAGGCCAAUGAUCCGUCGUUCAAGGUGGGAAUCCCCGAUAUCCAACCUCUAUCCAGACACAUACGUGUGCAUCGGAAAGAAGCCGAGAAGCCGAGCGAGGUAAUGAUCGAGGUUGCGGACACAGUUCUCUGGGUAGCCCAACCAUUGCUGGAUAUGACCACCACCUAG